AUGCAUUCCGAUGCUAUAAUUGACUUUUUUAGUGGGACCGCCGGUGCAACAGCAUCAGUUUUAGUUGGACAACCGUUAGAUACUAUAAAAACCAAAUUACAAACAUUUCCUACUCAUUAUAAACAUUUUUUUGAUUGUGGACGAAAAAUUUUUCAUGAAAACGGUCUACGUGGAUUAUAUGCUGGAACUUCACCAUCAUUACUGGCAAAUAUUGCAGAAAAUGGAAUUUUAUUUAUGGCUUAUGGUCAAUCUCAAAAUUUAAUUUGUUUUUUACGAAAUAAAAUCGAUCAUGAACAAUUAAAUACACUCGAGAAUAUGGCAGCUGGAAGUUUUGCUGCUAUAUUUUCGUCUUUAGCCUUAUGUCCAACGGAAUUAGUUAAAUGUCGAAUACAAACAUUUUAUGAAAUGCAAAAGAUGAAUUCAUUGAAUGGAGAAAAUAUAUUAUACAAGAAAAUCUCACCAAUGAAUAUUACUCGAAAUAUAAUACGUACAGAAGGUAUACGUGGUUUAUUUCAUGGUUUAACAACAACAUUAAUAAGAGAAUGCCCAGGUUAUGGAUGUUUUUUUGGAGGCUAUGAAUUAACAAGAACAAUUUUAAUGAAAAAAAAUCAAAAAAAAGAAGAUAUUGGUUUUAUAAAAACAUGGAUAUCCGGUGGAAUGGCUGGUAUUUGUUUUUGGAUAGUCAUGUUUCCUAUUGAUGCAGUUAAAUCACGUAUACAAGUAUUUAAACCAAAAAUGAGUUUUCCAAAAUAUACUUUACAAAUAAUAAAAAAUGAAGGUUUUAUUGUUCUCUAUGCUGGUUUAUUACCAACUCUCAUUCGUACAUUUCUGGCUACUGGCACACUAUUUAUAACCGUUGAGCAAACUCGAUUAUUUCUUAAUCGAAUAUUUUAA